GGCGCGUCACUUGUACUAGUAGUAUACGUGAAAUGUCAACAUGUAGCUCUAGCACUGUAGCAGGGUCAAGUUAGCCAGAGUUAAAGUGGAUGUCGUUUGCAGUUUUAGUCAAACUAAUUUUGCUUAAAUGAAGUGUUUUUGUUUUUUUUAAAAAAAAUCGUUUUCUACGGAAUCCGCCUUAAUAUAUUUUGUUGUCACUAUUGAUAGGGCAUAGUGUUCAAAAAUGCGCACAAUGGGCUUUCUAGUGUUGUCUUAAUUUGAAGAGUUUGACGGAUGUCAUGCUUUCUCGUGUGUGCUAACUUGACACUAUUUUGCACCGUCGAAAGUGCAGCUACGCUGAUGUGAACUUUCCGUCUGACUUAGAUGAUAUUCAGUCUUCAGCCGUUCUAGCUAAGAAGCUUCUGAGUGGUCGCUGUGAGCAUGGCGGACCGGGAGGAGCGCCGCUUCGCCGAGAUUUCCAGAGAGUCUGUCAAAUUCAUGGCCGAGAGUACAGGCGUUGAUCUUGGUGAUGAUGUGGCCGGUCUGCUGGCUGAAGACGUGUGUUACCGGCUCAGGGAGGCAACGCAGAGCAGCUCACAGUUCAUGAGACAUGCUAAGAGGAGGAAGUUGACAGUGGAGGACUUCAACAGAGCUCUGCACUGGAGCAAUGUGGAGGCCAUUUGUGGGUAUGGGGCCCAGGAUGCUCUGCCCUUCCGUUCAGUGAAAGAAGGAGAGCUUUUCUUCAUCGAGGAUCGCGAUAUCAACCUGGUUGAAUUGGCUCUGGCCACGAACAUUCCCAAAGGCUGUGCUGAGACCAUGGUACGAGUGAAUGUGUCGUACCUGGAUGGGAAAGGCAACCUGGAGCCUCAAGGGACCGUUCCCACUGCAGUGCAGUCUCUGUCGGACGACCUGUUAAAGUACUACCAGCAGGUCACAAGGGCCAUCCUGGGAGAGGACCCCCACCUUAUGAAGGUGGCUCUACUGGACCUCCAGGCCAACUCCAAGAUUGCUGCCCUACUACCUUAUUUUGUUUAUGUCAUCAGUGGGGUAAAGUCUGUAAGCCAUGACCUGGAGCAGCUCAACAGGCUCCUCCACAUGGUGAAAAGCCUGGUCCAGAACCCCUACCUUUACCUGGGCUCAUAUGUUCGGAGCCUGGUCUCCAGUGUCAUGUACUGCAUCCUGGAGCCGCUAGCUGCCUCCAUCAACCCCCUCAACGACCACUGGACCCUGAGGGACUAUGCUGCCCUACUCCUCAGCCACAUCUUCUGGACCCAUGGUGAUCUGGUGAGUGGUCUCUACCAUCAGAUCCUGCUGUCGCUCCAGAAGGUUCUGUCUGAUCCAGUGAGACCACUCUGCUCCCACUAUGGAGCCGUGGUGGGGCUUCAUGCUCUGGGAUGGAAAGCUGUUGAGCGAGUUCUCUUUCCACACCUUCCUGCCUACUGGGCCAACCUCCAGGCUGUGUUAGACGAUUACUCUGUUUCCAAUGCUCAGGUCAAAGCAGAUGGACAUAAGGUCUAUGGAGCCAUUCUGGUGGCAGUGGAGCGCUUGCUAAAAAUGAAGGCUCUGUCCCUGUCUCAGCCAGGAGAGGGAGGCUCCAGUGGCCAGACAGGCUCUGUGGUGGGUGCUAUGGGUUACAGAGUGAGCUCCCCUGGCCUAAGCCCCCCUCCAGAACCUCUGUCAGAGGCUACCCUAGGAAUCGCCAGCCACCUUCAGGCAGGAGGGGCAGGCUGUCCCUGGGAGGAGUGGACCCCGGUUCCUCUCCCUGCUAUGUACUGUGAGCUCUACUCCUUCUUUGGAGACAGCCUAGCUGUCAGGUUCAGUACUGGACCGGGGUUUGGGAGCUACCCUCCCUGCACACCGCCUCUGGUCAAUGAUGCCAGGAAGGAACCUCCUGGCCCUGCCUCCAACCCUGACACCACCCGUAAGAUGCCACAGCUGACUGCCAACCUCAACAUCAGCCCCAGGCAUGAUGGGAGUCCUCGUACCGAUCCGCCCCCACCCAGCCUGGCUGCUACAGGAUCAGGAAGGUCCCUGACUCGCUCCUCCUCCUCCUCCUCCUCCUCUGUACAGCGUUCCAGAUCUUCCUCUUCACGUUCAGGUCAGCGUUCGGCAGGUCUGUCUCGUGACAUUUUCCCCAAAGCUCGCUUCACCUCUCCUCAGACUGGACCCCCAGCAUUCUCUUUUCUAAUUGGAGGGCGGCAAAUGGGCCGCCGUUGCCAAGGCCGCCGCCCCUUCCAGACUACUUUUGCCCCAACGCCAACUCUCUCUGCCAUCCCACCUCGUGCAUACGCCCACAAAUUGCCUGUCAUCGGCAGGGUGGGCAAACCUGUACGGCGCUGGGCAUGUUCCCAUUACUCUCUUCACCUCCCUCUCUAGAGAAGACGGCCCCAGGCAACAGAAAUGGACUUAGACUGCAUUUCUGCAAAGUGGGGUUUGACUCUUACAAACUUUUAAAGGGUCAUAUUAAUAUUUGUCAUCUUGAACUCCCAAUAAUUGGUUUUUGUGAUGAUGUUUUCAUAGCUGAAAACUCUUAAGGAUUCUGUUUUAUUAUCAUGGUGGAAAACAACACUUGGACCAUAAUCAUUGGCGACAGUGAAGGUCUUUAUGCUCAAUCCAGACUGCUUUAAAGCUUCAUCAAUUCAUAUUUUGGUUAUUUUGGGUUUUGUACAGCUCAACGCACUACAGCCUAAGAAAGCAGAUGAAAAAAGAUUUUCAUCUUUUUACAACAUAUAAGCAGCAGUUAGAAAAAAACUGCAAAUAAAUAAAAUGCAGGAGAAGUCUGGAAUUACAAAGAACAAGCAAAACCAGACGCUGCAAGCCAUACACAACAACUGAACACCAAAAACAGAUGAACACGCUAGUAAUUAAAAAAAGCUAAUGCUAGGUGUUUAGCCAAUAUCUCACAAGUCAGAAAUUAAUAGUCUCACAAUCACAAUGUUAAAACCAAAUUAAACAAUGUUUGCUCACUUUCAAACAUCAGUGACGAUGGCUGACAUGUUCAUUAGUGUUUAGUGUCCCUGAAAAUUUCCCUUUCUGUUCCUCUCUGUAAACUUUUUGUAUGUGUUUGUAUUUUCUGUGUUUGCAGUGCUUUUCUUCAGGUGGCGAGGGAGUUUCAAAUUCGAAAACGUUAAUUUGCUUUUUUCCCACACAAAACUGUUGUUUGAAAACUGAAACUUUUUUGUCUAUAUAAUUGUGUAUUCUUCACUUGGAAUACAUUGAGCUUGCUCAGCUACUUUACUUUUGAUUUAAUCUUCCCCUAAUAGCUUUUAUUGUUGACCCUCUAUUUUAUAGCCCCUGCACACUCAUGGCAACAAAACACUGGUGUUUCUGUUACCCUGCUGCUGCCUUAUAGAUCAGUGCCAGAGAUCUGUCUGAUUGGGGUUUUAUUUCAGCAGUAAAAUGAUAAACCGCGACUAAUAUCCAAAUGAGUAAUCUUGAUUGCUGGCUAUGAUGCAUUUCUUUAUUGAUUAAUCUGUUGGUUAUUUUUUCAAUUAUUUGUGUAGUCCAGAAGACACUACAUAAUACCCAUCAGAAGUUCUCAAAACCAGGGUGACAGUAUUCAAACUCGUUUUGUCUUGUCCCAAACAACAGUCCAAAGCUCAACUGUCAACUUCACAGUGAUGUACAGCAACAAAGAAAAGCUGAAACCAGCAAAUAUCGAGCAUUUUUGCCUGAUUUCUCAGUAGUCAGAAAAUUUGAUUAGUUGUCUGUUGAGCAACUGAUUAUUGAAGCAUGAGACUCAGAAUUAAUUGAGGGUUUUUUCUAUAACACCAUUUUGGUGAAUGAAUAUGUAAUGAGAGGACCACACUGACUGAAAGAUCAAUAUUGGCUGUAUAUUUCAGUCUAACCCUGCUGAAGCCUGUCCGAGCUUAGCGUCCUGGACUGAUUCUACACACACAAGAGAUCUGAGAAUCAAGGAAAUGGGGAGAAGAAUGAUAGGGAUUGAUAUGCAGUGGCGAUGGGAGGAUUAUUUGUGAAUAAAGCAUUGAAAAUGAUUAACUGCAGAGAACAGUGUUGGAACAAAUGGAAAGCAUUUAGUCCCGCCAAGUACUUGGAUAAAAAAGUUUCUCAAGUUGUUGUCAGAAUAAAAAUAUCUGUUGUACUUUUGAAAGCUUUAUUUUAUCCAUUUGAAUCCAAAAAUGUCUGACUGACCUGCAUGGCUCUGAAUUGUUUUCAGCUGAUCUGUCUCUUUGACAAGGCCUGUGUCUGUGAACCACUCUACCUUCCUAAAUAUUUAAAGCCUCACUUUUAGUAUGUGGUUGCAGAAACAGAGCAGCCCGAACCAACAAGGCCAGCCCAGCUUGUGUCUUCACUGGGACUGGUGGGCCAGGUGAAUGCCUUAUACUGCCUGGUUCUCUGCUACCUGCUCUUCAUUUUUCUUGGGAGGUGUGGUGUUCACAGCCGUGGAGAAGCCAAUGGAGAAGGAGCUGUGAGCUGAGGUGGAGGAGCUCCUUCAGGUCCUGACUCUUACAGCCCCAAAUCAUAUGAGUUCAAGCUUUUCUGUAUCUUCUAUUGUACUCCCCUAUCCGACUCCUACACACUUACUGUGGUUCCCCCUACACCUGGGCUGCCCUCAUCCAUUUCAGUCUCCUCUUUGUGCACAUUCUCCUCCUCCUCUUCGUUCUCCCUGCCCUCUUGGCCUGUAUGGUGGAGCCAGACUGGAUCUUUCCAUGAUGCUCUUUUUUUCUGCUUUGUCAUCCUGAUCACUGUUGGUCAGGAUGGAAACUCUCCGGAGGAAAGUUGGGGCA